AUGUGCAACAAUUACAUUUCGUGUGCAAAUGAACUGCAUGAAGAGUGCCCUCCUCGUACACAAUGCUACACUAUCAGAAAUCAGGGCACAGUGACAAUGAAGGGUUGCGCUUUGAACUGUGCCGCUCUUCCGUACGCCAUUUCAUCAGCACAUUGCAUGACCUGCAACCAUCGCGACUACUGCAAUGAUGAACCGUCGCUGGCUAUUGGGCAAGGAGCCGUGCCCGGCCACCAUGAGCACGAGAGAAGUUAG